UCCUGUUUCUGUUCUCACGUGACCUCUGAGCUCCGGAGCGCCUCUGAAAACAAGUCUUAAAGCUGAAGGAAACUCGGCGGUCAGGCGCACAACUCUGCUAGAAAACCUAGCUGUUGAACUGAGGAUGUUUUCUCUCGGGGAGACGAUGGAGUUCCUCAUCGGAAACCACUUUUCUACGCCCGUCGGCCAGAGAAUCGAGCGAGCCACCAGCGGCUCUCUGCAGUCGGAGGACUGGAUGCUCAACAUGGAGAUCUGUGACAUCAUCAAUGAGACGGACGAAGGGCCCAAAGAUGCCGUCAAAGCCAUUAAGAAGAGAAUAGUAGGAAACAAGAACUUCAGAGAGAUUAUGCUUGCUCUGACGGUUCUUGAGACCUGCGUGAAGAACUGCGGCCAUCGUUUCCACGUGUUUGUGGCCUCACAAGAGUUUGUUGAAGGAGUUUUGGUUCGUUCCAUUCUGCCCAAAUAUAAUCCGCCCACAGUCCUUCACGAUCGUAUUCUCAGCCUGAUUCAGUCAUGGGCUGAUGCUUUUCGCAGCUCUCCCUCCCUGUCCGGGGUGGUGUACGUGUACGAUGAUCUGAGGAGGCGGGGUCUGGAGUUCCCCAUGACGGACCUGGAUGCGCUGUCCCCCAUACACACUCCCAAUAGGAGCAUUCCCGAAAGUGAGACCUCGGAUACGACUCCUGUUGCUGCUUCCGCACCUCAGCCCCAACCACAAGCUCCCGCCAGCACCCCCAGUGAAAACACUUCACCCCCAGUCCAGCCCGGUGAUGGACCGGUCCAGCUGUCUCCAGAACAGGAGGAGAAGCUGCGGAGAGAGCUGGCGCUCGUGAAGGGAAAUCUCACAGUAAUGUCUCAGAUGCUCAACGAACUCACACCGGGACAGGGCGAAGCUGAUGAUGCAGAGCUGCUUCAGCAGCUGGUUUCUGUGUGUAAGAACAUGCAGAUCCGUGUGGUGGAGCUGAUCCCACAGCUGCAGGACGAAAGCUUCAUGGAAGAGCUGCUCAUCGUAAACGACGACCUGAACAACGCCUUCAUCCGCUACGAGAGGUUUGACAGGCUGAGCAAGGCCCAGAGUCCAAAUACCCAACAGAUCUCCGCAACAAGUCCGAGUCUCAUGGACUUCAGCCCUGAGUUGCCCUCUGACAAACAGCCUGCUGUCAUUUCAACAACCAGCCAGUCAACAGUCAGCACCUACAGCAACCACCAGCCUUCAGCCAAUCACAAGGAGGAAGAGGAGUUCGACAUGUUUGCCCAGACCAGAGGCAGCUCCUUAGCUGAGCAGAGAAAAAGCGUGAGGUAUGAAGAUCCUGGAGCUGUGGAGGGCCUGGCGGAAGCUCUGGACUCACGGUUGCAGGUCACAGGAGGGAUGCCACCAGCAAGUAGCUCUCUGCAGCAGAACGACGUGGACAGAUGGUUGUCCGGCGACAUGCAGGAAGAGCAGUCUUCGGUUUGCGAGGGGGUCACGAGCGAAGAGUUCGACAAGUUUCUGGAGGAUCGGGCGAAGGCGGCGGACCACAGUAACCAGACGAUUCGCAGCGUGCCGUCCUCCACGCCCAGACCUCCGCCACAACCUGCCCGGCAACAGGACAAGUCACAUGACCAGCUCUUCUCCCUCUGAGUGAGAACCGAGGACGGGAACGGAAUCGUGAAGGAUAAAUUCAGUCUGAGUGUAAACAUCUGGAUCAGACCUGGACUCGACUCGACCGCAUCCUGAUCAACUCAUUUUACGCAGAUGAUACUUCUUCUACAUCUGCGGUCGGGUGUCUUCAUGUACAUGAAAACCACUUUAUGAGACUGUUUAAGAUUUAUUAUAAUAAGAAUGCAAAUAAAAACUAGUGUUUAUAAUUAAGCAAUAACAAUUUAUAAAUAAAGAUGUGUGAGAAAUUA